AUGUUUAAAUGUGUAAUUGAAAAAUGUGGUUUGAACUGGAAGAAAAAAUUAGUCGGUCAGUCUUACGACGGUGCUGCAAAUAUAAGGGGGUCAUACUCUGGACUCCAAGCACGAAUUCUUGAUGAAAAUCCAAAAGCUCUUUUUGUGUGGUGUCAUGCCCACAGAUUAAAUUUAAUAGUUUUAUCUGCUGUUGGAUCUUGUAUAGAAGCAGUAGAUUUAUUUGGGAAUAUGGAAAAACUUUACUGUUUUAUAACAAGCAGUAAAAAAAGAUCAGACAUUUAUAGAAUGAAGCAAAAAGAAAAACAAGUACAUGCAAUAAAAAGAGUUGGUACCACAAGAUGGAUGUCAAACUCAUUUGCCUUAGCAACAAUUUUUGAAACACUGGAAGCAAUAUUGGAUAUGUUAGAGGAAGUUAAAAAUCAAGAUUGCUCGUCAGAUUAUAAAAUAGCCACUGAAUGCAAUGGGCUAUUAAUGUAUUUUCAGUCUUCUCGUUUUAUUGUAACAGCAUUUAUGUUUAAGCAUCUGUUUGAUAUUCUAGGGCCUUUAAGUAAAUUAUUUCAAGGUAGAGAUUUAGACAUUUUGGCUGCCGUCAAUUAUUUAAAAAAAGCAGAAAAUAAUAUUAUUAUGAUGCGUAAUGAUGAAGUUUUUAAUGAUAUUUUUGAAGAAGCAAAAUCAUUUUCAGAAAAACAUUUUGGUGAUUUUGAAAUAAAUAAUUUACGAUCCUUUUGGAACAGGAAAAAAAAAGUUGUUCGACAAAUCGGAGAGAUAACUUUUGAUUAA